AGGCUUGGGGGACCAUAUGGGAUGCCGGAUAUCAAACACAAGUUGGCUACAUACAAGGUUCCAGUUUCUAUCUGUGUUAACCCAAAUGGCUUUGCUACGAAAAAUUAACCACGUGCUGCUGUUUCUCCUGGUUCUGACCCUGUGUGGGAUUCUGUAUAAGAAAGGUCAUAAAGGUGCUGUGCACAAGAAGGAUGCAGAUGAUUCUGCCCCUCCAGAGGAAACAGAGGAGGAGAUUCCUGUGGUAAUCUGUGCAGCUGCAGGAAGAAUGGGAGCUACCAUGGCUGCCAUCAACAGCAUCUACAGCAACACCGAUGCCAACAUUUUGUUUUAUGUAGUUGGACUCCGGAAUACACUGUCUCGGAUACGAAAAUGGAUCGAACAUUCUAAACUGAGGGAGAUCAACUUCAAAAUCGUGGAAUUCAACCCGAUGGUCCUGAAAGGGAAGAUGAGACCGGACACCGCGAGGCCAGAGCUGGUGCAGCCGCUAAACUUUGUGCGAUUUUAUCUUCCUCUGCUCAUCCACCAACACGAGAAAGUCAUCUAUUUGGACGAUGAUAUCAUUGUUCAAGGUGAUAUCCAAGAACUGUAUGACACCACAUUGGCCAACGGCCACGCAGCUGCUUUCUCAGAUGACUGUGAUUUGCCUUCAGCUCAGGACAUAAACAAACUGGUGGGACUGCAGAAUACAUAUAUGGGCUACCUGGACUACAGGAAGAAAGCCAUCAAAGACCUUGGCAUCAGCCCUGGCACCUGCUCUUUCAAUCCCGGGGUGAUGGUUGCCAACAUGACAGAGUGGAAACAACAGCGCAUCACCAAACAGCUGGAGAUGUGGAUGCACAAAAACGUGGAAGAAAAUAUCUACAGCAGCUCCCUGGGAGGCGGGGUGGCCACGUCCCCAAUGCUGAUCGUGUUCCAUGACAAACACUCCACAAUCAACCCCCUCUGGCACAUACGGCACCUGGGCUGGAAUCCAGAUACCAGAUAUUCAGAACACUUUCUGCAGGAAGCGAAGUUACUCCACUGGAACGGGAGACACAAGCCUUGGGACUUUCCGGGCAUUCACAACGACUUAUGGGAAAGCUGGUUUGUUCCUGACCCUGCAGGUCUCUUUAAACUCCAUCACCACAGCAGCUGACAGCCAGUUUCCAACAUGCUCUCUAAGACACUGAGUGGUCUGUGGCACCUGAUGGAGUGGCUCUGUGAGCGUCACAUGACACAUGUAACGAAUCCUGUGCAGAACCACAUGGA